AUGCCGGAGGUGAAGCCGGAGGGGAUACUGUCUUUCAGUAGCGAAGAUAAGGCCUAUCCUGCCAGCAAUCUGCUUAAAGUCAGUGCCUUUUCCAAAUGGAAGUGUCAGCAGGCUGGUACAAAGCAUGCGUCUGUUACCUUCAAGUUUGCUUGCCCUGUUCAGUUCAGCCGCCUUGACAUAGGCAACGAGGCAUCUGCGUUUAUUUCAGUCGAAGUAUCUCGAGCCGAUUCUUCGGAAUUUGAGCUCCUGUUACCGUUCUCAUCUUUUAUGUCUCCCGCUGAUGCCAAGAAAGGCGUCUCUCUUAAUCGCGUGCGCAUAUUUUCUGGUAGUGAACUCGCUCCAUCCAUCUCCAGCCAGAAGUGGGAUAUAGUAAGAAUCAACUGUACACAGCCUUUCAAUUGCGAAUUUCAAUACGGAUUGUCGUUUGUCCGUUUUUAUCGCACGCCAGAUGUGGAUGAAGUGACUUCAACUGCGGUAUUGGAGGAGGGGAGGAACUCGAGUAAAGAAUCUGACGCGUUAUUGAAACCUGGCGGAUUAUUCAGACUUGCAAAAAGGGGCGACAUAUCGGAAGGAAAACUAACUGUAACACGUGCUGAAAGUGUUAAGACUGCGACCGCAUCGACAGCGAUGGACUCGCAAGGCGAAACUGGUAUUGUCACUACGACAGCAUCGGUGGCUUCAACUUCAUCGACGGCCGCCUUGAAGGUUAGUUCGUUCGCAGAGGAAAGUGGGGAAGCUGGUUCAAGGGAGAAGAGUCGGCGCAUUCUCGAAGGAGUUGUGGUCGCCUUCAGUGGCUACAAAAAUCCUUACCGUUCGGCGCUUAGAGAGAUGUGCCUGCGACUGGGGGCCAAGUAUCGGCAGGAUUGGACUGACGACUGCACUCAUCUCAUAUGGAUUCAGGCAUGUGAUGCAGCUCAGCAGCGUGUCUCAUGGCGUCCUUAUCGCGUUGGCCGGGCUCCCAGUCCCCCUGGCCAUAUUUCAGAUGACAACGACGAUGUAGACAGCGAUUGGGACAUAUUGGCUUUCGUUAAUGCAGGAUCAAUGGUGGAGGAUGCAAACACCGAUGAAUGGCGACCAGAUAGCUCUGAUCAGGAUGACGAAGAAAGUAAUGAAUCCUCUGUCUCAUGCGUCUCUGAAGACUCUCAGCCAGAAGACGAGGAGAGUGAGGUAGAGGAUGGCUCAGACAGCGGAACGAAGAACAGACCUUCUCGGCAGAAAAAACGAAGGGUUAAGGAUCUCGCUCCAUUUACAUCAAGGUCACCUCGUAGAAAUGUUGGAGGUGAAGACACUGAUGAAGAAAUUCAGAGAAAUUUGGGUAAUAAUCCCGCAUCGACACAAAACCCAGAAUCUCUCCCACCCCUACCAGAUUACUUUAGCGGUCGGAAGUUCUAUAUCUUCUCAAAGGACUUUGAUGUUAAGGAGGAAGAAAUUGUGCUUCGACGGAUUAUCGCCUUCGGAGGGUCUGCUCGUAGUUACCGAUAUUUUUUACUGUCGCUCUUCCUCAAUUUUCUAUGGAGGGAAGUUGAGCAUCACAUGAGCCCAGCUGUUGAGUUUGUGGUAUCUCGAGCUGGCUGGUGCAAAGAAUUUGAUGAGGCACAAGUUUACGUUGCCAAUAUUGUUGAUCCUGCCCUUAUCUAG